AUAGCCGAUUGGGCUAUUUGGGCCGUGAUCAGCAGAAGGCCUCUCUCUCUCUCUCUCUCUCUCUCUCUCUCGUGCGUCACCUCCUCGCGUGCUCAGCGCCGCCGCCGUCCAGCUGCUUCUUCCGCCGCAUCCUCGCCGCCGGGUUAGGGUUUUGGGGAUGUCCGACCGGCAGCAGUCGGAGGAGCCGGAGGAGCAGGUGGACCUGGAGGGGGACGACGACAACGACGUCAUGGACGACGACGAGGACGGGUACCGCCGCCGCCGCCGCCGCGAGGACUCCGACGAGCCGGACGACGACGAGGAGGAUCCCGAGGUCGAGGGCGAUGGCCACGGAGACGCGGGGACCGCGGCGGGCGAAGGAGGAGCGCAUGAGAUGGACAAGGCCGCCGGCGGCGGCGGCGAUGGGCCUGAGGACGAUGACGAGAAGCGGAAGUGGGAUGAGCUGCUCGCUCUGCCGCCUCAGGGCUCCGAGGUGUUCAUCGGCGGUCUCCCCCGCGACACCACCGAGGAGGACCUCCGUGAGCUCUGCGACUCGUUCGGCGAAAUCUAUGAGGUGAGGUUGAUGAAGGAUAAAGAGACCAAGGAGAACAAAGGAUUCGCAUUCGUCAACUUCACCGCGAAGGAAGCGGCUCAGCGUGCUAUCGAGGAACUGCAUGACAAAGAACACAAGGGGAGGACACUGCGGUGCUCACUGUCGCAGGCAAAGCACAGGCUAUUCGUUGGUAAUGUACCCAAGGGGUUGGGUGAGGAGGAGCUGAGAAAGAUAAUCCAAGGGAAGGGGCCAGGUGUUGUCAACAUUGAGAUGUUCAAGGAUUUACAUGACCCAAGCCGUAACCGUGGGUUCCUCUUUGUUGAGUAUUAUAACCACGCUUGUGCAGACUAUGCCAGGCAGAAAUUGUCAGCACCAAACUUUAAGGUUGAUGGUAGCCAAUUGACCGUCAGCUGGGCUGAACCUAAGGGUUCAUCAGAUUCUUCUUCUGCAGCUGCCCAGCUCAAGGAAGCUGCAGGGGAACGGCUGCACGGCAAGUGGGAGAAAGCAUGCAUCAACAAGAUUGUCUGGACUCGUGUCCAGCCGUCCAUUGAAAUGGUGAAGACUAUAUAUGUGAAGAACUUACCAGAAAAUGCUUCUAAAGAGAAGAUUAAGGAGAUUUUUGAAAAGCAUGGAGAGGUCACAAAAGUCGUUUUGCCACCUGCUAAGGAUGGGCAUAAGAGAGAUUUUGGUUUUGUUCACUUUGCUGAAAGAUCAAGUGCACUGAAGGCAGUUAAAGGAAGCGAAAAAUAUGAAUUUAAUGGGCAAGUGCUGGAAGUAUCCAUGGCCAAACCUUUGGGUGACAAGAAACCUGAUCACUCGUUCAAGCCAGCAGGAGCUCCAAAUUUUCCACUUCCUCCUUAUGGUGGCUACAUGGGAGAUCCAUAUGGUGCUUAUGGUGGUGGUGGUCCUGGAUUCAACCAGCCUAUGAUCUAUGGUAGAGGACCAGCACCAGCUGGAAUGAGGAUGGUCCCAAUGGUGCUCCCUGACGGUCGUCUUGGAUAUGUUCUGCAACAGCCUGGUGGAAUUCCCCCUCCACCACCAAUGCGACGCGGUGACCGGAGGGAUGGUGGCAGCCGAGGUGGUGAAGGGAGUCAUGGCCGGCGAUAUCGCCCUUACUAGUUUUUCUUUUUUUUUUCCGUUCCCCUGUGCCGCCAGCCAUCAUGCAGUGUGAUGGAUUUGUUAACUUAUGAAACAAGAGAGAAGCUUGUAUUCCUGUUCCAGCAUAACACCUGCAAUAGCGUGAGACAUGUACCACCUUUUUUUUUCUCCAAUUAUAGUCGUGUAAUGCGGUGCUUGUGAAUUGAAAACAGUGUGUUCAAGCUUUGUAUUUCUCGCGGCGUCUGUAGCAGUAAACCGAUGGAAUAAUUUAUCUGCAGACAUCCAGUUGGACCUACA